AUGAAGCUUAUUGAUGCUCUUUUGCGCCUCGGCGCAGCCUCUCUUUCACUAUCAUUUGUAUCGGCACAAACCAUCGCCCAAAUCAAUGGCAUCCGGUUCAUCUCUCCGUACCGCAACCAGAAUGUCUACAAUGUCACAGGGCUAGUCACUGCCGUCGGCCCAGAUGGGCUGUGGAUUCGCUCUACCACCCCAGAUGCGGACAUUCGGACCUCAGAGUCGGUCUAUGUUUUCGGCCGCAUCUCCACGAAUGCUACGUUGACUACAGGGGACAUCAUUGUGCUCGAUGGGAUUGUUUCUGAGUACCGGUCCAACUCAGCGUAUCUUUACAUGACGGAGAUUUCUCGACCUAGCAAUGUCAAGCUGCUAUCCCGAGGGAACAAGGUGGACCCGGUUGUUCUGGGGAACCAAUACACGAGCCCGCCUACGGAGCAGUUCACCUCACUCGACAACGGUGAUGUCUUUGGCGUACCCAACAAUGUCAGCCUGGUCUCUCUGGUCAAUCCUGUGCUUCAGCCAUGGUCCUAUGGCCUUGACUUCUGGGAGAGCCUGAUGGGUGAGCUGGUCACUGUCAAGUGCCCUACCGCCAUCAAUAAACCGAACUCGUACAAUGAGACCUGGGUUGCUGGGGAUUGGAGGAAGACUAGCGGAAAUAGCAGAGGAGGCUUGACUCUGACCCCCGGAGACGGGAACCCUGAAAGCAUUAUCGUUGGAGCUCCUCUUGAUGGUACCACCAACCCAGCCGACAUCAAGCUGGGAGAUAACCUUGAAGACAUCACUGGGGUUGUGUACCAAGAAUUUGGCGCUUACUACAUCCUCCCAUUAACAGCGCUCUCCGUCACCAACUCGAAGCGACCGGCAUUGCCAAACCCGCUCAACUGGAACUCGAAAGGGAGCUGCAAGAAGAUUACCGUGGGCCAGUAUAAUGUUGACAACUUUGCUUCCAACUCCACCACUCUGCCGGGCAUCGCUUAUGACAUUGCAUAUUACCUCAACUCUCCGGACCUGGUAUUCUUGCAAGAAAUUCAAGACAACAGUGGUCCCACUGAUGAUGGCGUCGUCAGCGCGAAUAUCACGUUGGAGACACUUAUAACGGCGAUUGAAGACGCUGGUGGAGUCUCCUACAAUUACGUCGAUAUAGACCCGAUCAACGAUGAGGACGGCGGCGAACCUGGUGGUAACAUCCGCGUCGCAUACCUUUACAAUCCGGCCGUCCUGCACCUCAAAAAUCCCAACCCAGGCUUUUCCCUUGAUGCCAACGAAGUGCUCCCAGGGCCAUCAUUGAAGUACAAUCCAGGCCGCAUUGACCCGACAAAUCCAGCUUGGCAGGACAGCCGCAAACCACUGGCCGCAGAGUGGGUGACCGUCAAAGACAAAUCUACGCUUUUCACUGUGGUUGUGCACUUCACGUCCAAGGAUGGCAGCUCCACGAUCGAGGGUGACCCACGCCCACCCGUCAACCUUGGUGUAGAUCAGCGCAAUGCCCAAGCAAACGUGACGGGGACAUUCGUCUCCCAGAUCCUCGCCGAGGAUCCCCACGCCGCGGUCAUCGUUGCGGGAGACUUCAACGAAUACACAUUCGUGGAGCCCCUGGAGACAUUCGCCGCGGUCUCGGGGCUCUUGAAUAUGGACGACGUGGCGGGCAUCGCGCCCACCGAGCGGUACACUUAUCUGUUCGACAACAGCUGUGAAGAGCUGGACCACAUGUUCGUGAGCCCCAAGCUCGCAGGCAGUCCGGGAGCCAGGCCCGAUAUCCAGCAUGUGCAUGUGAACACCUGGGUGACGUACGCCGAUCAGAAGUCGGAUCACGAUCCCAGUGUCGCGAUGUUGAAUAUUUGCUAG